UUACGUUAUUGUCAUCCGCAUCCGGUUCCGGUAGCAAAUGAAAAUACGGUAGCACCGAGGCGAGAACCCUUGUUUUUGCUCAUUAUUUGUCUCACCAUGGACUGUUGACCGCAGUAUGGCGUCUCUGUGUGUCCUUGCAGCUGUGGCCAUGAGCUCAACGUGUCCAGGCCUGUACUGUGGCAGGGUGAUGGUGAACGGAUCAGUGGAGGGAGAGUGUGGUGUUUGUCCUCGCGGAGAGCGGACCAACCUCCAGAAGGUGUGUGAACGCUGCACUGAGUCCCCUGAGCUCUAUGACUGGCUCUACCUGGGCUUCAUGGCCAUGUUACCACUAGUGCUGCACUGGUUCUUCAUCGAGUGGUACUCUGGGAAGAAGAGCUCCAGCGCUCUGUUGCAGCACAUCACAGCCAUGUUGGAGUGCAGUGUGUCAGCUGUGGUCACCCUGCUGGUCACAGAGCCGGUGGGAAAGCUCAGCAUCCUUUCCUGCCGAGUCCAGAUGCUGUCGGACUGGUACACCAUGCUGUACAACCCCAGUCCAGACUAUGUCAACACGUUACACUGCACCCAGGAGGCUGUCUACCCGCUCUACACCAUUGUGUUAAUCUACUACGCCUUCUGCCUGGUGCUAAUGAUGCUGCUGCGCCCCCUGUUGGUGAAGAAGAUAGCAUGCGGCCUAGGCAAAUCUGACCGCUUCAAGAGCAUCUACGCCGCUCUGUACUUCUUCCCCAUCCUCACUGUGCUGCAGGCCGUGGGCGGAGGGCUGCUCUACUAUGCAUUCCCCUACAUCAUACUGGUCCUGUCUCUGGUCACACUGGCUGUCUACAUGUCUGCCUCUGAGAUACAGUCGUUCAAGAACCUGGUUGCUAAGAAGAAGCGUCUGGUAGUCCUGUUCAGCCACUGGCUGCUCCACGCGUACGGCAUCAUCUCCAUCUCCCGGUUGGACAAGCUGGAGCAGGACCUGCCGCUACUGGCCCUCGUGCCCGGCCCCGCCCUGUUCUACAUAGCCACGGCUAAGUUCACCGAGCCCAGCCGCAUCCUGUCUGAGGGCGGCAACGGACACUGAGCUCCUCUGCUGACAAAUCCAACACUGAUAACCUUUUUAUAAAGUGCUGCAGCUUCCAGUAGUGAGCCAUCAGACUGACAGCAGUGUGUAUUGGGUAAUUCAGUGAGGUGGACUGGGGUUCAGUUUCAGGGCUGAUGACCAUAGAGUGAUGACAUCGUUGGCACGCUGUUUAACUGCUAGUGUGCAGGUACAUUAAAGGUAGAGUUGCACAGUAAGUGAUAACCAUUAAGUGUUUUUGUGUAAUUCCAUUCAUGAUUUGCAAACAGGACAAAUGGUUCCCAGAUC